AUGGAUGUGAUUUUUGAGCCGCUGAGAGGAAGGCCAUUCUCCAUUGAAGUGGGUUUCUUUGACAGUGUCCUAGAGAUCAAAGAAAAGAUACAAAAAUACCAAGCCAUACCCAUUUCAAAGCAAACCCUUAUCUUCAAUGGCAAUGUCCUCCAUGACAACCGCAAUGUCGAGCACUGCGAAAUCCUCCAAAGCUCACACGUUCAGCUCAUUGUUUCUCCCGAAUCCGAUAAGGCUGCUGUUGAGAUUGAGAACUUGUCGCUGUCCAAGAAAAUCAAGCUCAACAUAAAAACCCCAACGUCCAAAUUUCAUGCCCCUCUAGAAAUGGACAUAAACGACACCAUUGGACGGUUAAAGGAAAAGAUACAAGAAAUGGAAGCUGUUCCGAUUAAUCGGUUGGUGAUUCACUCAAGCGGCACUGAAUUACAAGACCAUAGGUCUUUACGGGAUUACGAGCUUUCGGACAAUUCGGAUAUUGACGUCAGUUUCAGAGGGUCACCGACGAAUUUGACGGUGGCACGGCUGGGGCUGACUACGGCUGGGACAAAGAAGUUAAAGCUAUUGGUGUUGACAAAAUGCGGGACGAAGAAGAUUCCGGUCGAGGUGAAUGCGUCGGAUAAUGUUGGGGAGCUGAGGAAGGAGCUGCAGAAGUUGCAGCAGAGGCUACAUUUUCAUCUUCCGCAGGAGGGUUAUUUUUUCAUUUUCGAGCAGAAUGUGAUGGAUGAUGACAAGUCGUUUCGGUGGCACCAUGUUGGGCAAGGUGAUACCAUAGAAAUCUUCAAUGGGAGUGUAACUGGCGGUUCAUGA